UACUGAUGCAGCCAUUUCGGUAGCUUGCUAGUCAACAUAAAACCGAAACUUUGAAGCGCCUUUGUCCAUUUUUGUGUAUAUUAAUCUGUGUUUUUAACACAAUUCUGCAUAUCUCAUAGUUAACUUGUUAAAUUGACUAAUUCGUUAAGAUUGAUGCUGAGCCUAGUACUAGGCUAGUCGCUAAUGCUAACUAGCUAUCAUCCCCGACCUAGGAGUGACGUUUAGUCCGCUAUUCCCGACCAUGAGCUCACAAAGCUACUCCCCCCUUGCUAAAGAAGAGGAGGUCUGCUGGACGGAGAAAGAAGCUCUGGGGCUGAACAUUAUCGUGAAAGAAGACAAGGAAGAGAAAGAGCCUUUAGGAGUGAAACACGAAGAGGGGAUUGAGGCUGUCACAUUGGAAGAGGAGGUAAAAGCUUUCAGAAUCAAAGAGGAGGAUGUUACAGUAAAAGACGAGAAAGAGCCUUUAGGAGUGAAACACGAAGCGGGGAUAGAGGCUGUCACAGUGGAAGAGGAGAAGAUCGAACCUUUAAGAAUAAAAAAGGAGGAAGAGGAGGCUGUCACAUUGAAAGAAGAAGAUGAGGAUUUUAUAGUGAAAGAAGAGAAAGAACCUUUUAGAGUGAAAGAGGAAGAGGAGACUGGAGAUCAGAUUAACACCACAGGAGAGAGACCAGACUCUCACCCUGACAGCGGGAAGAGUCCAGACCCAGCGACGACCAAACCAGCAAGAUCACACCACUGUUCCCACUGUGGAAAGAGUUUUGGACACUCAGGGUAUCUGAAAGUGCAUAAAAGAACACACACUGGAGAGAAGGUAUAUCAAUGCUCCCAGUGUGAAAAUAAAUGUUUCUUAUCAGGGGACCUGAAAUCACAUGAGAAAACACCCUCUGUAGAGAGACCUUUCCAAUGCUCUCAGUGUGGAAAGAGAUUUAUUCAGUCAUCGCAUCUGAAAGAGCAUGAGAGAAUACACACAGGAGAACAACCAUUCCAAUGCUCCCUGUGUGGAAAGAGUUUUACAAAUUUAGGGAACUUGAAAACGCAUGAGAUGACACACACAGGAGAGAAGCCUUUCCACUGCUCCCAGUGUGGAAAAAGUUUUACCCAGUUAGGGAACUUGAAAACGCAUGAGAUGACACACACAGGAGUGAAGCCUUAUCACUGCUCCCAGUGUGGAAAGGAUUUUAGACACUCAGGGCAUCUAAAAGUACAUGAAAGAACACACACUGGAGAGAAGCCAUAUCAUUGCUCCCAGUGUGGAAAGGGUUUUGGACACUCAGGGCAUCUAAAAGUGCAUGAAAGAACACACACUGGAGAGAAGCCAUAUCAAUGCUCCCAGUGUGGAAAGAGAUUUAUCAAGUCAUUGCACCUGAAAGAGCAUAAGAGAAAACACACAGGAGAGAAGCCUUUCCAAUGCGCUCAGUGUGGAAAGGGUUUUACCCAGAUAGGGCAGCUGAAAGAUCAUGAAAGAACACAUACCGGGGAGAAGCCUCAUCACUGUUCCCAGUGUGGAAAGGGUUUUAGGUACUCAGGGCAUCUAAAAGUGCAUGAAAGAACACACACCGGGGAGAAGCCAUAUCAAUGCUCCCAGUGUGGAAAGGAUUUUAGACACUCAGGGCAUCUGAAAGAUCAUGAGAAAAUACACACGGGAGAACAACCAUUCCAAUGCUCCCUGUGUGGAAAGAGUUUUACCCAUUUAGGGAACCUGAAAAUGCAUGAGAUGACACACACAGGAGAGAAGCCUUUUCACUGCUCCCAGUGUGUAAAAAGUUUUACCCAGUUAGGGAACUUAAAAACGCAUGAGAUGACACACACAGGAGAGAAGCCUUUCCACUGCUCCCAGUGUGGAAAAGGUUUUAGAACCUCUGGGAACCUGAAAACGCAUGAGAUGUCACACACAGGAGAGAAGCCUUUCCAAUGCUCCCAAUGUGGAAAGAGUUUUACCCAGUUAGCGAGCCUGAAAAGGCAUGAAGGAAUACACUCAGGAUAGAAGACUUUCCAAUGUUCUCAGUGUGGAAAGACAUUUUCCUGGUCAGAAGACCUGAUAUCACAUGAGAAAAGAGAGAGCCUGUUGUGGUGGCAGAAUUGGGGGUGAGGCUGUUGUAACUUCUCAAGGUUUAUGCUCUGUUUUGUGAUGAACUCCGAUGCCUGUUGUCUGUCUGCACCCCUAACACAAGGCCAUUGUUGUCUGGAACUAUCACCUUCCUCAAUAUGAGGGACAUGCAACUGUCUGCACUUUUGAGUUCUUCCCUGACUGAUCAGCGAGAUCAGAUCUCCCUUACUAUUAUUAUACCUUAAAGCCUCUGCCUUGAUCUUUGGGAUCGAGUUCUCCACAACACUGUAUUUCUGACUUAUAUGUUUUUACCAAGAGUUUUUUUUGGUUAAUGCCACAUGAAAUCAAAUUGUAUUAAAAAGCUUAC